GGGAGGCGGCGGGAGGCGGGUCCGGCCGGGCCGGGCCAUGGCGAGCGGGGCCGGCGGCCCCUGGGGCGAGCGGCCCGUGGAUCAUUUCCUGCGCACCGGGCACAUCGCGGCCCGGGACGGCGCCGCCGUGCGCUGGUUCCACGCCGCCAACAGCCGCGCCCGGGCGGAGCAGGCCGCGCGAAGCGACGUGCACAUGGUGGAGGUGGAUGUUGUCCUGCGGGGAGGGGACGGGGACCCCGUCCUGGCUCACCCCCCCGACACUGACAGCGACAUCACCCUGCAGGAGUGGCUGGCGCUGAUGGUCGGCACCAACAAAGGCAUCAAGCUGGACUUCAAGAGCCUGGCCGCCGUGGGACCCUCUCUGCAGCUGCUGGGGCAGGUGGGGCAGCGGCUGGACAGACCCGUGUGGCUGAACGGGGACAUCCUGCCCGGGGGCUGCGCACCGCUGGACGCCCGCGCCUUCCUGCGCACCAUCACCUCCUCCUGCCCCCAUGCCACCCUGUCCCUGGGCUGGACCACGGGCUGCCACCGCGGCCAAGGGUACGGGUGGCCCGAGGUGCAGGAGAUGUGGCAGCUGUGCCAGCCGCUGUCCCAGCCGGUGACGUUCGCGGUCAGGGCUGCGCUGGUGCCCGAGUCGCUCCCGCAGCUGCAGUGGCUGCUGCAGCAGUGCCACAGAUACAGCCUCACUGUUUGGACAGGAAAGGAAGAUGUGUAUACUGUAGAAGAUUUGCUUCUCAUCCGAGAAAAUUUUGAUAAAAGUAGGGUUUAUUAUGACAUUUUUGAGCCACAAAAUUCUGAAUUCAAAAAAGCCAUUGGAAUAGAACAGUGAAUGCAAAGCAGGCAAUGCCUGACCCCAUAGUGCUGUAUUUUGUAAACCCCUUUAAAUGUGAGGAUUUUUUCAUUCGAAGAAAUGCACUUUCCCUGCCAGAAGGACCAUGUUGAGCACAGCUGUGGUUAUUGCAGGAGUUGUUGUUUGGCGCUGUGUAGAGAGGCCUCCCGAACAGAAAUGUAGUGCCUUCCUCAUUGUCACCUGCUUGCAGCGUGGGACCCGGGGUGCCACACUCCAGGAGGGGACAGGGGCUGCUUGGGCUGUGCUGGCACUGCUUGGCACUGCUUGGACAGCUGCUCUGCCCGUGGUCACCCUGCCCAUGGUCACCGUGCCCCUGGUCACCCUGCCCGUGGUCACCCUGCCCAUGGUCACCCUGCCCGUGGUCACCCUGCCCAUGGUCACCCUGCCUGUGGUCACCGUGCCCGUGCUCACCCUGCCUGUGGUCACCCUGCCCCUGGUCACCCUGCCCGUGGUCACCCUGCCUGUGGUCACCCUGCCUGUGGUCACCCUGCCCCUGGUCACCCUGCCUGUGGUCACUGUGCCCCUGGUCACCCUGCCCGUGGUCACCCUGCCCGUGGUCACCCUGCCCGUGGUCACCCUGCCCAUGGUCACCCUGCCCGUGGUCACUGUGUCCAUGGUCACCCUGCCCAUGGUCACCAUGUCCCCGCAGUGCCAGAGCCAUGCCAUGGCCAGCGAGCAGCCCUGGCUGGUGCUGCCAGCUGGGCUGAGUGUUACCACAGUGACAGAACUGUCCCCAGUCGUGCUGUCCCCAUACCUGAACUGUCCCCACACCUGAACUGUCCCCACACCUGGCUGUCCUACUCUGAGCUGUCCCCAGGGCUGUCCCCACUCUGGGCUGUCCCCAUGUCUUGGUUUGAAAAGACAGGAGUCUGUGAAGGAAGGCAAAAGCCUCCCAUGAAAUGGAAAAGGCAAACUCCUUCCCUCCAAAUUACCACAAUUUUAAAAAGGCUGUCAGGCAAAGAUACGGGAAUGGGAAUAACAGUUCUUUACCAGGAAAAAAAACUAAAUAAAAAAAAUAACAAGAAUAAAACAAAUGUAAUUAGUACAAAUGAAACUAGUGAUGGAGUCAGGAACCUGACACCCUGAGGAGUCAGGGUGUUGGUGACAGUCCAGUUAAAUGGUGGCUGCUCCUCCUGGAGUGGCAGAUGAAAUGCUGCUGGAGCAGGGAUCUGGAGAAGGGUGGAGUUUUCUCUGAAGGUCUGGUGAUGAAGUAAAUGGGCCUGGUCUUCCUCUGGGGAUCCAGCAGGGAAGAAACUGCUCCUCUGGGAAUCCAGCAAAGAGGCUGUUCUGAUGUACCAAAAAUGCUGAUUUUGUGCAGGUAGGGCUGCUUGGCUCCUCCCUCUGGGUGGAGCAUCUCACCAUGGGGUGAUGUAACUUUCCCAGUCAUGCAGUGAGUCAUUAAUAGCCCAUUAACAGAAGAGAUCUCCCCGAGGGAGACAUUGUUCUUGGGAGAGAUAAGAAACCUGCCCCGCCUCCAACAGAUGGCAGAUAGAAUCCAUGCUUAUCUUACAAGCCAGGACACCCCAGGGCUGAGCUGUCCCCAGGGCUGAUCUAUCCCCAGGGCUGAUCUAUCCCCAGGGCUGAUCUAUCCCCAGAGCUGUCCCAGGGCUGUCCCAGAGCUGUCCCCAGAGCUGUCCCAGGGCUGUCCCCAGGGCUGUCCCCAGGGCUGAUCUAUCCCCAGAGCUGUCCCCAGGGCUGAUCUAUCCCUAGGGCUGUCCCCAGAGCUGUCCCCAGGGCUGAUCUAUCCCCAGAGCUGUCCCCAGAGCUGAUCUAUCCCCAGAGCUGUCCCAGAGCUGUCCCCAGUGCUGAGCUGUCCCCAGGGCUGUCCCCAAGGCUGUCCCAGAGCUGUCCCAGGGCUGCAGGGACGUUCCCCACAGCUCCUCAGCCUGGUGGGUGAUGGCACCUGGCUCGGCCCUCACCGGGCUGUGUGACCCUGCAGCUCUCAGAGCCCUCCACAGUGGGAAUUUCUGAGAUAAAAGCUAAACCCCUGCUAGCCACCUGCAGGAAGAGCCUGGCCUGGUUCAUUAUAACCAUUUAUUGCCCCUCUGGCUGCUGCAGUUCCCUGAAUUCACACAGACUGGGACAGUCCCUGCGGGACUGCUGCUGCCAAACACCGCAGAGGGCACCAGAAAAUACAAACGUUUCUUCCACACUCACAGAGGACAAUUCAGCUUCUGAAUAAAAGCUAAUGCCCUGAGAAGCAUUACUUUGUCAACUUCUUGUCCUCCUUUUCCCAUUCCUCUCACAGGGUUCCUGUGGGAAUUUUGUUAACCCUUCUGUUAACCUAACAGAUGCUGUGCACAGCAUUUUACAGGCUGUUAGCACUAAAGUAAAUUACACUAACUUUUGGUUCUUACAUGGCGUUGGUACAGCUGUGACAGAACACUUAGUUACAUUUCUUAAUCCUAAAUCUUGAAUUACGUGAUUUCCCAUUAAAAUUCAAGACUGCAUUUUGUUACCUACAACUCCUUUGAGAGAUUUAUGUAAUAGUUGUUUAUUGUUAUUGAAGGGCAGAGCUCUCUUUGUUUUGGUCAUCUACUAAGGUGUCCUUGGCUAAAAUUAGGAACAAAUUUUUCCACAUGAGGAAGAAAACUACCUGUUUAUACUUGGGAUAGCUAAACAGAGUACUUGAUUUAAUUUAAUCACUCAUAAAGUGAGUGGCAGUAACCACCAAAGGGUCGGGCUUGGCUGUGUGAUUUCUACAGUGAGUUUGGAGAAACGAUUCAUUUUUCAGUUGUGGUUUGUUGCUGGCAGUUGCAUUCAUUGAUCCGUAGGAUUUCAUCUCCCAGUGGGACCACACACUCUUUGGGACCACAGAGACACACUUUUCUGGUGUUUAGAAAUCUUCCCACUGACCAGUUCCCACCUGAAGUACUGGGAUUUGUUAAAACUCAUUAAACUAUUAAGUAAAGUAAAAAACAUCAGCAAUUGCCAGAAGUAUUUUUAAGGAAGAAGUAUGUCUGAGCAAUAUCUGUGGAUGUCAGUAAACAGAAUAAUCACAUAAAAUUAAAGAAGACAUCAUCUGGAUUACCAGGAAAUGGCUAUGUGGUGAUUUCGAUUACUCUGUAUGGAUUAGUCUAUAUCUAUGAAUUUCUGUAAGUAAUUUUACCUAUGUAUCUUUGCUAGUCCCCUGUGAAGUUGUUUAUAUCAGUCUAGUCUGACUUGCACAUAAAUAAAUUAAUUUGAUUUUG